AUGACAGUGACUAAAAAUGUUGCUCUGGUAGCACACACCUCUCUAAGUCCUGCCAAAGAAGAUUGGUAUCUUGAUAGUGGUUGCUCAAACCAUAUGACUGGGAGGAAGAACUCUCUAGUAGACCUCAAAUUGGAGGGAAACAAAUAUGUGACUCUGGAAUCUGAUGAAUCUGAUGAGUCUGAUGAAGAAUCAUAUGUUAGAGAGCUCACUAUAAGUGAACUAUCGGCUGGCUUCACUGAGACCUGGCUAAUGAAUGAGAAACUGUGUGCAAAAGUAAGGGAGUACAGAAGCAUCAAUAGAUUUCUACUAGAAGAAAGAGUAAGCCUUAUGAUAGACAUUACUGAUAGGGAAAGAAAACUAGAUAAGUUAACUGUGAGCAACGAUCCCAAAAGUCUAUCUGAAAGUAAUGUCAUAGAGAAUGUUACAACAACAUCUGAAGACAUUGUGAAGGUAAAGGGUUCUAAAAGAUUCGGAAUGUCUCAGCAAUCGAGUGAUGGAUCUCCCAUAUAUGACUCAACAACACCGGAAGAGUCCUCUAACCCUAAUAGGAUUAUGAAGGUUGUACCUCUUAGGACGAUUAACGGUGAUGAAGUAAGGGUCACAAAGCCUAAAACAACUCAUGGAAAAUGGCCCAAGGAGGGUAUUCGUAACAAGGGCACCAAACCCUCUGCAUCUGCUACCAUGGAGGAACUUACUAAAGAAGGAUCCAAAUAUGUCGAUAGUGCAAUUACCAGGAUUGUCACUCGCAUUCUAAAGGAAAAUCAUCAAGUUCUUAGGAUAUAUAUUCCUCUUCAAACCAUAAUGCCUGAUCCCCUCAAAAACAACAGUAAGACUGAGGCUACUCACAUCGUUUGUAGUGACCCAAUUGAAGAGAAGAUCAACACAGAUAGACAAGGGAUUGCUGAGAAUACCAAUGUUACGGAGGAUGUCAAUGAAAUAAAAAAUAAUGAGCAUCCUAAGGCCAAUACUGAAACUGUUACUAAUGUGGUUGACUUAGAUGUGUACUCUGACAACGAAUUACUUACCUCUUUGAAUCCAAGUGUAGCCAACAGACUAAUGAUAAUAAGAAAAAGCAAAGUUGUAACUAAGAGUACAUGGGUUAGUCCAUCAAAAUCUUGGAGCAAGGUCAUUCCACAGAAAAGAAAGGAGCGGGAAAUUGUUGAACCUGAGUCUGAUGUUGAAGUGCAUGUUCCUGAGAUCCCAUCAAGUGCCAUCAGGAUGAAAUAUAUUCUUCAAAAGAGAUUGGCUGUUGAAAGGGAAUUGGCUCCAAAUGUUCUUGAGAACAAAGAGGUCUUAGAGCUAAUUCAAGAAGCUGGAAUAUUAAAGACUGUUUGCAAUCUUCCCAAAUGCUAUGAGAAACUGGUCAAAGAAUUUGUUGUGAACUUAUCUGAAGAUUGUGGCAACAGCGGGAGUGUGGACUUCAGAAAAGUGUUUGUGAGAGGUAAGUGUGUAUCAUUCUCUCUGUCUCUGAUUAAUAAAUUCUUGGAAAGAAAAGAUGAAGCUCAAACUGAGCUUGAAGUAACAGACAACAAAGUUUGUCAAGUGAUCAUAGCCAAGCAGGUAAACAGCUGGCCUCUAAAAGAGAAGCUAACUACAAGUAAGCUGAGCAUCAAGUAUGCAAUGCUUCACAAGAUAGGAGCAACUAAUUGGGUACCAACAAAUCACAAGUCCACUAUUGCAACUGUACUUGGGAGAUUUAUAUAUGUUGUAGGAACAAAGGCGAAGUUUAACUAUGGAACAUAUAUCUUUGAACAAACCUUGAAGCAUGCUGGAAGCUUCAUUAUUAAGGGUCCAAUUGCCUUCCCAUCCUUCCUAUGUGGUAUAAUCCUGGAUCAGUAUCCAAACAUUCUCAAUGAACAUGAUAUAAUGUGCAAAAGAGAGAGUCCAUUGUCCUUUCAUUACAAACUGCUUCAGGGUAAGCAUGUUCCAAACGUCGUCAUGACAUCUGCUGAAACUUCUAAAUCUGGAGCCUCAGCUAGAAAAUCAGAAAUCAUAUCUAUGUUAAAAGAGACUUGCAAAGAGCUGGAAUAUAGAAAGACAACUCUUGAAAAACUGAUAAGCACUAUGGAAAUGGAGGAGCAUGAGGAAUUUGCAGAUACUGAAGAGAUGGAAGAUAGAGAUGAACAAGAAGUGGAAGAAGAAAGUGCCAGUCCUGCUGAUGGCUCGGAGAAAGAAAGCUCUGCAGACACCUCGAGUGGGUCUGAAUCUGGGGAGUAA